AUGAUAUAAUUAAUAUUUAAUUGCUUAUUAUUAUCAACAGCACAAAAAUUACAUUAAGAAUCCUCAUUUUAUAAUUAGGAAUAAGCAGGAGGUAAAAAUUAAGGCUUAUAAUCUCCAUCAAAUGUCUUUUUAUAUGAUGAUGAGUAAUUUCAAUACUUUACUACUAUAUCUUUGAUAUCCAGCUUUAAUGGUAUAGAGAAAGAGGGUAAAUAUAAAGUUGCUCUUGAAAUUGAUUUACCAUUUAUUUUCAUAACAGAGUUAAACAAUUCUUUACAUUUUACAAAAUUGAUACCUACUGAUGAUUAGAUUGAAUUAAUAAUCUCAUAUAUAAAACCAAAAUUUAAAGAAAUAGAAGAUUGUUGGGGCAAUAUUUUUUAUGUAUUAAAUAGUAGUUUAUGGAUAAAUCAAAAUAUAGGAUUGGAUGUUAGUUUUUUCUAUUAUACUGGGUAUGGUGCAAUUGAUUUUAGAUAAUCAACUAUGUUAGAUGGAUAUAUUGGAUUAGGCAAAUACCCAUCAGUAGAAAAGGGUAAUUUCAAUUAUAUUAUGAAUCUAACUCAUUAACAUUUGAUUAGUCAUCCAUCUUAUUCUUUAUAUUUUGGAAAUUAGGAAGGAUUUAUUGAUUCUGUUAUAACUUUAGGAAAUUAUUAAGAAUCCUUUAAAUAAAAUGGAACAGAAUUUUAAUAACUUAAAGCCAUUCCAGGAUGUAAUUAAACAUGGUGUUUUCGAGUAAAUUAAAUAUCACUUUAUAAAAAUGAUACAACAAUAUAUAGUUCAAGUAAUAGGAAACCUUACACUUCAUUUAUUAGUUCAACUUAUUAGUUUAUUUACAUUCCUAAAGAAAUAGCAGAAGCCAUUAAAUUUCAUAUUCAAAAAAAUGAUAACAUAGACUGUGACUUCAUUAAUUAUCCAAUACAAAAUAGAAACAAUACCAUUCUAAUCUGUUCUACAAAGUUAUAAAUAUCUAUACCUUAAAAUUUCCCUGUUGUUGAGUUUGUUGUUUUAUAACAUUCUUAAAAGAUAACUUUGACAUUUAAUCCUCAAUAAUACAUCUAAAAAUGUCUUGAUGAUGUGGAAACAUAUGAAUUUAAAUGUUUAACAUAUUUUGCCAUAUAUGAUAAAAAAAUAGACUAAUAUAAACCAAAUUUUGAUAUUGUUUUUGGAUUACCUUUUCUAAGAGUUUACUAUACAUAUUAUGAUUUACAGAAUUCAACUAUAUGUAUAAUUUAAUUAUUUAAUUAGUGUUUUCAUAAGCAUAUUAAUUUGAUGAUAUACCUUUAAUUUCUAGAUUUUGGUAUUAUAGUUUUUUGGCUUUAUUAAUUUGUUGGGCUUUGGUUAUGAUGAGUUGUGGUAUCUUUUUUAAAGAAUAGAUGGAUUAAAUGAUUGUCUUUGUCAUAAAUAUCUUGAAAUACAUCUAAGGAGAUCAACAAGCAAGAUAAUAAGUACUAAGAAAUUAUUUAGGAGAUGACUGA